AUGGCCCUUUACUAUGACCACAUGGGGGGGUUGUUCUUGAUGAGGUCCCCUUUCAAUCCCUUUUGGGGGUUCACAGAAGUCACCUUCAAGGAGGCCCUGGAUAGAACAACCCACCAGAUGUCGAUGGCAUCGACCUGCGAUGGCAACUCGCAGUCUGAAAUGACUACGACUAUGACCAGCCUAUGGAUUGGCACGCGGUCACUGAUCCGCACCAGAGACGUCUACCGGCUCCAGACUGAUGACUUCGAUGAGCCGGAGGCUCUGGAGGUCUUCUACGAUGACGGAAAGGGUAGCACCGUGCGAGAGAUUGUGUUCAUCGACCCUAUCUACGCAGAACGCCGCCCUCGCAUCUGCGUCUCCAUUGAUGGCAUACAGGCGAUGCACAACACCAUUUCCUGCCUCACCCGCAAGGUCGACAAUCUUGUUGCGACAUUGUCGAAGUGCCGGUCUGCGUACUACAAAGAGCUGACCACGCUCAAGGAGCAGCUGUAUCAGCAGGCCAUAGCCAGGAAAGAUGGACGAAAGCACUCGAUUGAUGCGACUGUGCUCUUUGACCCAUCGGCGUUUCAAAGCCAGACGUCCCAGGAGGUGGAGAUGGAGGUCAAGCAACGCACGGAGAAGCUCACAAAGAAGCUGACGGAGGCCCAGGUGGAAAACCUGAGGCUGAAGAAGCGGAUUGCCAUCUUGACUAUCGAAGUCACGCAGCUCGCCCAGAGGAGCUUGUUUCUGCGCGUGCUGUUCUUCGUGUGGUCUGCAAUCUGGAUGCUUGCUCGACGUGAACCACAGGCGAAGGCCGAGCCACGAGCCGCAACCCCCAGCCCGAAGAAAGCGGCGAAGACAUCGAAGGCCGAGGUGGCAGGAGGUGAGGGCAGCUUAGUCCCCUUUGGUGCCAACUUUGUCCGCCAGGACCUUCGGAGAGGCAAAGGCGGUGCAAGCAAACGUGGCACACAGAACUCCCGCCGGCUGAACCAGAUGUACGGCAAAGAUGGCAGGCUGAAGUCCAAAUAUGCACGCGCGCCUCAGCCCCUGACGACGAUCCCGGUGACGCGGCGCCAAGAGAAGGCGGUGCGCCACCAGCAUCAGCAAGUCGACGCGCUGCGGCGCAGCUCGAUGUUGAAGAUCUCCUCCAAACGGGAGCGGAGGACGUUCUCCUCCGCAAUGACGGAAGAUCUGCUGGCCUCGAUACAGGACCCGGCCGAGGAUGUGGCAGCCGAGCGCCCGCCUGAUGCUGUAGGCGAGGAGACCACGGCCAGCCAUUCGGACUGGAUGCCAUCCAAAGAUCGUCCGGCUGGAACUUACUCUGCGGCAGAUCUCACUGCAGUUCUCCAGGAGGUGUUCGGCCAUGAAGCCUUCCGGCCUGGACAGCGGGAGGCGAUCCUCUCUGUCCUGGCAAGCCAUCACACCCUGCUGCUCCUGGCAACCGGCUCUGGAAAAUCCCUCUGCUACCAGUUACCGGCCUAUCUGCUACGCGAGGAGGGCUUCACGCUUGUCGUGUCGCCCCUGAUCUCCCUCAUGUCCGAUCAGCUGGUGCGCCUACCAGGUUGUUUGCGGGGCGCCAUAUGCAGCGGCCAGCAGACGCGCGAAUCGGGUCGAGAGGUGAUGCGCGCAGUGCGAGCCCGCCUGGUCGACGUCCUGUUCGUGUCCCCCGAGAGGCUGGCCACCUGGUCCUUCGAUGGUUGUGGCCUCCCCCCGAUUGCACUCGCCUGCAUCGACGAGGCCCACUGCGUGUCCGAAUGGUCGCACAAUUUUCGCCCCGACUACCUGCGGCUGCAUGAGUACGUCGUCGGAGCCCUAGGUGCGAAACGAGUCCUUGCCCUCACCGCGACCGCCACCAGGCCCACGGUGAAGUCGGUGUGCGACAUCCUGCGCUUGGACACGGUGGUUCGCAGCGACCGGAGCUUCACAGUAGAGGAGCUCAUGCAAGAGCCCACCCAACCCACGGUGCAGCGCAGCAACCUCACCAUGGAUGUGCGCAGUGUCCCGGAUGCCGAGUUCCAGGUCCGCGAGCUGAUAAACAUCCUGCGGAACGAGGUCGGCCCCAGUGAGUCGGUGGUCGUCUACGUCUGGAGGCGAGCUACAGCAGACCAGCUGGCCAAGCAGCUGCGCCCCUAUGUCAGAGGUGGCGUCAACGCUUACCAUGGCAGCAUGCUCGCGGACGUGCGCAGCACGGUGCAGGAGAACUUCAUGUCGGGCAAGGUCAAGGUCGUGGUUGCCACGGUGGCCUUCGGGAUGGGCCUGGACAAGCCGGACAUCCGCACAGUGGUGCACUUCGGGCUGCCGAUGAGCAUCGAGAAUUACAUCCAAGAGACCGGGCGUUGCGCACGAGAUGGCGCGCCAGGAAAGUGCGUGGUUCUCGCCGCCCGUCAGGACUUUCGAGCCAUGCGAUGGGUGCAAAGUGCUGGUACAGGUGGGAGCACUCAGGCCGCGGUUGUUCGACGCCUCUUGGUGGCCUUGCUGGGCGACUCUCAGACGUACAAGCGCCACAUCCUCAGCGAGGAGGCAUUGACUGCACUGGGCGACUGGAGCCGCGAAGGUGAGUGGCAGCCAUACAGCUUGGCUUUUGAGGAGAAGGAAGCCGCGAAGGAGAUGAACUGCUCGACCGAGGAGCUGCAUUCGGUCUUGGCUCACCUCUGCAGGCAUGCCCGGAGUCAUCUCACGCUGAUGUCAAGCUUCCCGACCAAGCUGAAGCUUCGCUUCUUUCGCACCGAUCCAGCAGAACUCGUCGAGGUGGACCCACUCCUCCGGAAAGUGCUUCCCUUGGCGAAGAAGAACGGGCCGGUCUACACCCUCGACACCGCGAAGGCUAUGGCCACUUUGGGUGGUACAGCCGGGCAGUUGUCAAAUGGCCUGUGGCAAGCUCAGGGUGACGAGUUCUCUGUGGAGAAAGCAGAAUAUGGUUACAUGCUGGCUGUCAGGAAGCCCGUUACAGAAGAUCAGAUCAAGGAAUGGGCGGAACAGAUCAGCCAAGUCAACGUGCGUGCCCGAGAGUCGGCGGUGGAGAAGCUCGAUGCUUCCUUCAUCGUCUUGACUCGGGCCGCGGAUGCAUCUGACAGGCAGAAGGUGUCUGACCCCGAUGCCGAGGUGCCGGCGGCCCACACGAUGUUGCACACCUUGAUCAAUGCCUACUUUGCAGCUGUGGAGGAUCCGAGCGCGGUGGUGGCCGGAAGUGCCGAGGAGCGUCGGCGUGUUCUGGCGUCAGCACUGGGCACCGACUUCGGAACCUCGGUGGCCAUGCAAGCUCGACCAUUACACCAGGCCUCCACGGCCGCCAGAGCCUCCACAGGCGCCACUCAGGGAGCUUCACAGCUCCACAGUGUCACCGUGGUCACAUCGGUGUUCCGGCUCCUCCUCGACCCAGCCUGGCCAAACUUGCCCUGCGAGGAGCUCGAGGCUGUGGUGCGCGCUGUGGCCCAGUUCUUGGCCGGCGUGAGCUCCGUGGUGCUGCCGGCCAGCAAGUGGCGCGAACAUCGCCUCUGGGGCCACCUGCGCGGUGUAGGGAAUGGCGACUUCCAGUACCUUGAGGAGCUUGUGAGAGAGGGCGUCUUGAAGUUCCAGAAGACGAAGAAGCCUCGCCUAGGAUAG